CUGAGGAACUUUUCGAGGGCGGCGGGCUGCCACCCAGGCCAGGGCGGGACGCGAAGGCGCGGAGAGGCGGCAGCGGCUGCGGCGCUCCCUGCAAGGUCUGUGCGCGGCGGCGGGCCCGGCGGGCCGCCCGGAGGAGGCGGCUGCGCCAUGGACGAGGCGCCCUUCAGCGAGGCGGCUCUGGAGCAGGCGCUGGCCGAGCCGUGCGACCUGGACGCGGCGCUGCUGACCGACAUCGAAGACAUGCUUCAGCUCAUCAACAACCAAGAGAGUGACUUCCCUGGCCUGUUCGACCCACCCUAUGCUGGGGACGGGGAAGGAGGCACAGAACCAGCCAGCCCUGAUGCCAGCUCCCCAGGCAGCUUGUCCCCACCUCCUGCCACGCUGAGCUCCCCUCUUGAAGGCUUCCUGGGGGGACCCAAAGCAGCGCCCUCACCCCUGUCCCCUCCCCAGCCCGCACCCACCCCAUUGAACAUGUACCCAUCUGUGCCCACUUUUUCCCCCGAGCCUGGUAUCAAGGAAGAGUCCAUGCCACUAAGCAUCCUGCAGCCCCCCACCCCACAGCCCCUGCCAGGGGCCCUCGUGUCCCAGAGCUUUCCAGCCCCAACCCCACUGCAGUUCAGCUCCACCCCUGUGUUGGGCUACCCCAGCCCUCCUGGAGGCUUCUCUACAGGGCCUCCUCCUGCGAGCACCCAGCAGCCGCUGCCUAGCCUACCACUGGCUUCCCCGCCAGGGGUCCCGCCCGUUUCCUUGCACACCCAGGUUCAGAGUGCAGCCCCCCAGCAGCUACUGACAGCCACAGCUACCCCCACAGCGGCCCCAGGAACGACCACUGUGGCCUCACAGAUCCAGCAGGUCCCGGUCCUGCUGCAGCCCCACUUCAUCAAGGCAGACUCACUGCUCCUGACGGCUAUGAAGACAGAUGUGGGGGCCACUGUAAAGGCGGCAGGCCUUAGCCCCCUGGUCCCUGGCACAGCUGUGCAGACAGGGCCCUUGCAGACCCUGGUGAGUGGUGGAACCAUCUUGGCAACGGUGCCGCUGGUUGUGGAUGCUGACAAGCUGCCCAUCAACCGGCUGGCAGCUGGCAGCAAGGUCCCAGGCUCCGUCCAGAGCCGUGGUGAGAAGCGCACAGCCCACAAUGCCAUCGAGAAGCGCUACCGCUCUUCCAUCAACGACAAGAUCGUUGAGCUCAAGGACCUGGUGGUGGGCGCUGAGGCAAAGCUAAAUAAAUCUGCUGUCUUGCGCAAGGCCAUAGACUACAUCCGCUUUCUACAACACAGCAACCAGAAACUCAAGCAGGAGAACCUGAGUCUGCGCACUGCGGCCCACAAAAGCAAAUCUCUGAAGGAUCUGGUGUCCACCUGUGGCAGUGGAGGCAACACAGAUGCACUCAUGGAGGGUGUGAAGACUGAGGUGGAGGACACGCUGACGCCACCACCCUCAGAUGCCGGCUCGCCCUCCCAGAGCAGCCCUUUGUCCCUUGGCAGCAGGGGCAGUGGCAGUGGUGGCAGUGGCAGUGACUCGGAGCCUGACAGCCCAGCCUUUGAGGACAGCCAGGUGAAGCCAGAGCAGCGGCUGUCUGCCCACAGCCGGGGCAUGCUGGACCGCUCCCGCCUGGCCCUGUGCACACUGGUCUUCCUCUGCUUGUCCUGCAACCCGCUGGCCUCCCUGCUAGGUGGCUGGGAAGCUCCUGACCCUGCGGAUGCCACCAGUGUCUACCACAGUGCUGGCCGCAACAUGCUGGGCAGCGAGGGCAGAGAUGGCCCUGGCUGGGCCCAGUGGCUGCUGCCCCCACUGCUCUGGCUCCUCAAUGGGCUGCUGGUGCUGGUCUCCCUGGUGCUUCUCUUUGUCUAUGGAGAGCCAGUCACACGGCCCCACUCAGGCCCCGCCGUGCACUUCUGGAGACAUCGCAAGCAGGCAGACCUGGACCUGGCCCGGGGGGACUUUGCCCAGGCCACCCAGCAGCUGUGGUUGGCCCUGCGAGCGCUGGGCCGGCCCCUGCCCACCUCCCACCUGGACCUGGCCUGUAGCCUACUCUGGAACCUCAUCCGCCACCUGCUGCAGCGUCUCUGGGUGGGCCGCUGGCUGGCAGGCUGGGCAGGGGGCCUGCACAGGGACUGCGCCCUGCAGGCGGAUGCUCGCGCCAGCACCCGAGACGCGGCCCUUGUGUACCAUAAGCUGCACCAGCUGCAUACCACGGGGAAGUACGCAGGGGGGCACCUCACUGCCACCAACCUGGCACUGAGUGCCCUGAACCUGGCGGAGUGUGCGGGGGAUGCUAUGUCUGUGGUGACACUGGCAGAGAUCUAUGUGGCGGCUGCGCUGAGAGUCAAGACCAGUCUCCCGCGGUCCUUGCAUUUUCUGACACGUUUCUUCCUGAGUAGCGCCCGCCAGGCCUGCCUGGCACAGAGUGGCUCAGUGCCUCUUGCCAUGCAGUGGCUCUGCCACCCCGUGGGCCACCGUUUCUUCGUGGAUGGGGACUGGGCCGUGCGCAGUGCCCCUCGGGAGAGCCUGUACAGCUUGUCCGGGAACCCAGUGGACCCCCUGGCCCAGGUGACGCAGCUAUUCCGGGAACAUCUCUUGGAGCAAGCACUGAACUGUGUGGCCCAGCCCAGCACCACCUCCAGUCCUGGGUCAGCUGAUGGGGACAGGGAAUUCUCAGAUGCCCUCGGGUACCUGCAGUUGCUGAACAGCUGUUCCGAUGCUGCUGGGACUCCUGCCUGCAGCAUUUCCAUCAGCUCCAGCAUGGCCACCACGGGCACAGACCCGGUGGCCAAGUGGUGGGCCUCGCUGACGGCCGUGGUGAUCCACUGGCUGCGGCGGGAUGAGGAGGCGGCUGAGAGGCUGUACCCACUGGUGGAACACCUGCCCCGUGCCCUGCAGGAGUCUGAGAGACCCCUGCCCAGGGCGGCUCUGCACUCCUUCAAGGCUGCACGGGCCCUGCUGGGCUGUGCAAAGGCAGAAUCUGGCCCGGCCAGCCUGACCGUCUGUGAGAAGGCCAGUGGGUACCUGCGGGACAGCCUGGCCACCACACCAGUUGGCAGCUCCAUUGACAAGGCCGUGCAGCUGUUCCUGUGUGACCUGCUCCUCGUGGUGCGCACCAGCCUGUGGCGGCAGCAGCAGCCUCCUGCACCUGCCCAGGCAUCCCAGGGCGCCAGCGUCAGGGCCCAGGCCUCUGCCCUCGAGCUGCGUGGCUUCCAGCGGGACCUGAGUGGCCUGAGGCGUCUUGCACAGAGCUUCCGGCCUGCCAUGCGGAGGGCGCGGCGGCGGAGCUGGAGCCGAGGCCCACGCGGCGGGAGCACGCCGAGGCUCUGCUCCUUGCGUCCUGUUACCUGCCGCCCGGCUUCCUGUCGGCGCCCGGGCAGCGCGUGGGCAUGCUCGCUGAGGCGGCGCGCACGCUCGAGAAGCUCGGCGACCGCCGGCUGCUGCACGACUGCCAGCAGAUGCUCAUGCGCCUGGGCGGCGGGACCACCGUCACCUCCAGCUAGACUCCAGGCGGCGUCCCUGCCCUGCGCCCCUCUCGAGCGGCCGCAGCCCAUGCGGCCUGUGUUCUGGGUCCGAGCCUUGAAGGCCGAAGGCAGCACCAGAGACCCCGGUCUGCACGGUUCAGCCAUGGCUGCACUGUCCCUGGUGGGUGGGAGCCCGCGGGGACCUUUAGCUUGCUCUGGGGGCCAGACGGGCGCGACCCCACCAUCCCAGCCGGCUCCCCAGCCCGACGAGCGACCGUCGGGAUGGUGCUGACCUCUGGUGGCCGGUCGGGGCAUUGCAGGGGCCUAGCCUGCUGGGCGCCACUUCUUGCUGAGCGGGCACCUUGGUGGCUUUUCUUCUCCUGUCUAGAGGGAAGAGACGGGUACGUUUCGCCGAGUUGAGGGGGGCCAAUGUGGCCUUCCCGGCCUGCAAGGGGGGGGGGUCCCUGCCCCAAGGCGUGUGGAGACUUGUAUAUAGUGUAGAGCAGGUGCGCUGGCCUCCUGGCCUGCGGGCCUCACGUACUACUAUGCCUUUUGCAAACUUUAUUUUCAUAGGUUGAGUUUUGUACAGAGAAAUAAAGUGAAAUUAUUUAUAA